AUGUUUGGCAAGCGACCGAAUGCGAAAAAGCCCGCAGAGGGCCUCAUCAACAAAUUCCAGGAGAGCUUCUCCGAUGUUGUCCGGCCCACCACAUCCAAGCCUCCGGCUAGACCCGCGAUCAAUGAGAACUUCUUGAACCAUGACACGGCCGCUCAACCCAACCCUAGCCUACGAUUCACACCGUUCCUAGAUGACCUCGCACUUCCAUCGCCUAGGAACCAAGCCUACCAGGACUAUAUGUCAGGUGGUUCAAAUACGGUGUUCCAUGGCCCUGCCGGAGAUCUCCAUACGCCAAGCGUAGAGACGAAAUUGAUCACUCCCAACACACUUCUUGAAAGAUUUGCCGUUACUCCCUUACACAGAAACAAUAUUGACACGAUUUAUGGCAACCUGGAUCCGCAAUAUUUUGUACAAGACCCUCAAGGUACGACUCUCGGUAAUCCGAGUGCCGCGUACCCACCCAGCGCAUUUGUUCACUCCAAUAUCAUCGAUGGGUUUGUCAAUGAUUCCAGUGAACAAUUGCCUCCGGUUUAUGGGGAUGAUUUGGGACACUUUGCAUCUCAGCUAAUUUCUCCUGGGACUGUUUUUCCAAAAGUGGAAAGGUCUCCUAGCUAUGGCCAUGCUGAUUUCAGAUAUAACGUGACUCUGAAUACGCCCACGGCAAUGAUCCAUAAUCCAAAUGAUGCUCCGGUGACCUAUCUCAAUAAAGGCCACACAUACUCGCUAUCGAUAACAGAUUCAAGGCCUCCGCCAUGGACCGAAGGGUUGGUCAAAUAUCGAACCUCGAUCCGCAUAUCAUUUGAAGAAUCUGAUCACGCAUCAAGCCCUGCCGCAUGUUGGAGUCUAUGGAAGGACUCUCGGAGCCGUGAGGUGCUACAAACGAAUGGUAUACUGAAAGCGGUAGAGAUGGUUGAUUUAGGGAAGCGGAAUGAGGGUCAAAUUUACCCCAUUCAGCUAGAUAGAACGUCCCUCGAUGGAUUCUGUGUCACCUGGCUUGGAGAUCCGUCCAAAGGGCCACCAGGUUGCACAAUUGGGGUACGAUUUAACUUCCUCUCUACGGACUUCAGCCAUUCGAAAGGCGUGAAAGGGGCACCUCUCAGACUUUGCGCCAAAACUGAGACGGCCAUGCCAGGUACUACCGAGCUGAGCUUUUGCAUCGUGAAGCUGUUCCGUGACCAUGGGGCUGAACGGAAGAUGUUCAAUGACGUUUCUCAGUUGAAAAAGGCAAUUGAAAAACGCAAGCAAGACUUUGAUAAAGCCCAGAAUGGAAGCGACAGCCUUGGAAAGCGGAAACGCGGCAGUCGCUCGGUCUAUUCAAGCGACCAGCUCGACAAUCAAUUCAAAGCUCAACUUGAGAAUAAUAUGGAUGCAGAAUUGGCAAGGAUGCAAAGCAUAUUCAAGUCCAACCGACCAGUGAGCAGAUUUUGCCUUGCAGGUGAAAAGCAGGAUGAUCCGGACUUGUUCCCAAUCCGCUUGGUGGAUGAGGGGCUUCAAAGAACGGAACAACUCCAACCAGUCGUCCAAACUGUGACUCCGCCAUCGACAUUAAGCAGUUCAUCGAGAGAUUUAUCGCAUAGCUCAGCGGAUGUGCAGCAGCCGAAGUCGCAUCGUGACCCGUCAAAUCAUCAGCGGAAUGAUUGUAGUGGCUCGUCGAAUAUUUCUUCUGGUAACACUGGUAGCGAGGAGCCCUCUGAGCAUGCGACAACGCCACAGACGGAUCCUGCAACGUCGGUGUUAUCUAAUGAAGAUGCUGGACCUAUACAGGAUGAUUCAAACUCCAAAGCACCAGGCCAGGAAGAUGCGACUCGUCCAGCGAAAUGCUUCUACCUUCGCUUUCAGCAAAAUAGUGUACAGCAGGAUGAUUACCACAAAGCGGUGUAUCUGGCAGAGCCCACUGUGCAGGAAUUGGUGACAAAGAUCUCUCAGAAACAGAAGUUCAAUCGAGAUCGUAGAGUCGACUUGUUUCGUGUCAGUCCGAACGGCAUGAAGAUCAUUCUUGAUGACGACGUGGUUCAACGAAUUCCAGAUGGUCAGGACAUGGCCGUUGAGACGUGUGAGCUCGCGACAUCGGACAACAUGGUUACCGAUAGUGGCCCGGUGUCAAGCAUUGAAGUUAGGCUAUACUUCUAG